GCCCAACGAAAUAGAAAAAACAAAAAAAUAUAAAUAUUACGUCAUUAAAAUUGGAUAUAUUUACGUUUUCUUCCUAACCGAUGUGCGUGAACGCCCAUGUCCCCAUCGCGUGGUCUCCGGCUCCGCGCUUCCUCCCUUUCGUUCUCCGAGUCCGCCCAGCAAGCACCCCUGCCGGCGCUCUGCAGCUUGAAUUAAGCGGUUCAACACAAAAAGUCCAAAAAUGUCGAACACCGAGCGUACCUUCAUCAUGAUCAAGCCUGAUGGCGUUCAGCGUGGACUCGUUGGAGAAAUCAUUAAGCGCUUCGAACAGAAAGGAUUCAAGCUGGUGGCCAUGAAAUUCAUGCAGGCGUCUGUGGACCACCUGAAGGUGCACUACGAGGACCUGUCCAGCAAGCCCUUCUUCAACGGCCUGGUGCAGUACAUGGCCAGCGGCCCCGUGGUGCCCAUGGUCUGGGAGGGCCUGGACGCCGUCAAGACGGGCCGCGUCAUGCUGGGCGAGACCAAGCCUCAGGACUCGAAGCCGGGCACCAUCCGCGGCGAUUUCGCCGUCCAGGUCGGCCGUAACAUCACCCACGGCUCCGACUCGGUCAAGUCCGCCGAGAAGGAGAUCGCCCUCUGGUUCAAGCCCGAGGAGCUGACCGACUGGAAGUCGGCCAUGCACACCUGGGUCUACGAGAACUAGACGACCACCGACCGACCGGAGCGCCCUCUGCGCCGGCGGAGCCGUCAAUGGCGCUGCCGCGCGGACAUACUGAGAACUCCGACUAAUGAAUUAGCCGACAGGUGGCGCGGGGAUCGCAUUUUAGACGAUGUGGUUUAUGUUGUUUCUGUUUGGACAUCUUUAUGUGGACAGCAUUACCCUGCACGCUUGUAGGGACCAAUACACGAAGUCGGAAUGAAA